GGGGGUUUUAGACAAAAGACAAAAACCCUCUGCUCUCCUCUCCUCUCCACUUGUUUACGACUUACGACGACGACAGCAGCAGCAGCAAUAGCAAUAAAUAAAAACAAGGCGCCGACGUAUUACAUUACAUUAGAUGGCUUAUUUCGACGGCGACGAAGGAGCUCUUCGAAACGUCGUAUCCAAUUACUAUUUUAACGGUGCAGAUGAUGAACCCGUUUCUUUUGCACCAUUACCUGUCAAAUGGGGUACUUAUGACAUUUUAUAUCACAACAAAAACCUCCAUAUCUAUCUAAGGGGCACUACCGAUAACGGUCUUCAAAAGGUACAUAAGCAAGUCAAAGCAUGGACCUUUGAUCUUUCCAAACCAAAAAAACCCCAGAUUUCAGUUCUCUCCAAAGACAACACUUGGAUCAACCUUCUCAAACCUCGCAAGAGUUACGUGUCUGAGAUACGCACAAUUCUUGUCACUCUGCAUUCUCUUCAUUUUUUCAAGACACAACCCAAAGCAUCUGCCAAACCUCUAUGGGACCAUCUCUCUAAAGUUUUCAGCUACUAUGACAUCAGGCCCUCAGAGAAAGAUCUCCUAGAGCAUCUUAAUUUCAUUGGGGAAGCUGUCAAAAGGGACAUAACGUUAGGAAGAUCCAAGUUUUUGGCUUCGUUACUGGAGGAGAGUCCCAGAAAGAAGAGAACUUUUGAUCAGAAUGCAGACGGUAUGGAUGAUGAUGAAUACGAGUAUGGUGAACUCACCACACAAAACACUGAAGACAGCGAGUCUGAUGACGAGAACAAUGAUGAUGAUGAUGAUGAUGACGGUUACGAUAACGUUUGUGCAUUAUGUGAUAAUGGUGGUGAUCUCACCUGUUGUGAAGGGAAAUGUUUUAGGGCAUUUCACGCAACUCUCGAAUCUGCAGGCCCCAAUUGCAAAUCUCUUGGUCUAUCUGCUGAAGAAGUAAAGGGAAGAGAACCAUGGUUGUGCUUGAACUGUUCUCAUCAACAACACCAGUGCUUCGUUUGCGGAAACCUUGGGUCUUCCAAUAAAUCUUCUGGGGCAGAGGUUUUCUGCUGUAGCUGUACAACCUGUGGCCAUUUUUAUCAUCCAGAAUGUGUUGCACAGUUGCUUGAGGACAAAAGUGACACCAGAGCACACAUUCUUCAAAAAAAGAUUGCUGCUGGUGAGCCGUUCACAUGUCCUGCACACAAAUGCCAUAAGUGUAAAGAGGGAGAAAAUGAGAAGAUAAAAGGCUUGCAAUUUGCUAUUUGCAGACGAUGUCCAAGGUCGUACCACAGACGAUGCUUGCCGAGCAAAAUUCUGUUUGAUAAGAAAGAUGUUGUAGCUAGGGCAUGGGAUGGACUUUUGCCUAAAUCACGCGCAUUAAUAUAUUGUUUAAAACAUGAGAUAGACCCUAAACUUCGCACUGCUGUAAGUAGCGUGAAGUUUCCCCAAAUUUUUAGCCAUAGCAAGAAGAAAGUUGCUCUGAGUGAGGAAGUUCUGAAUACUGAUUAUACAUCUAAUGAGAGAAUAGUUAAAAGAUCUUGUCCAUCUACUAGACCCAUAGAGUGUUCCAGAAAGAGGGUGACAGUGUCAUCUGGGUCAAAACCCGUGAAGAAACAAAGGGUAAUCAAUAACUCCAAUAUAUCUUCAAAAAACAAUCUUAUAAUGGAAGUUGAGAGGCCUAAACUGGAUGAUAACCGAUCUUCUAAGAAGGAUGACAUUUGGGGUGAAAAAGAUGGGCAAACCCUGAAAUCCGCUUCAUGUGAGAGGAUAGUGACAUUGAUGAAAGAAGCUGCCUCAAUUACACCAGAUAAGGAUAAGCUACAUGGGAUGGGAUAUACAUUCUUUGGUCGCCAUUUUGCAAAAGUUGAAAAGCUGGAAGAGAUUAUUGGAAGACUUAGUUGGUAUGUCGAAGAUGGUGAUACGAUAGUUGAUCUAUUCUGUGGAGCAAAUGAUUUCAUCCGCCUCAUGAAAAAGCAGCUUGAUGAGAUGGGGAUGUCAUGCUCGUAUAAAAAUUAUGACAUUACCUGCCCAGAGAGUGAGUUUUACUUUGAGAAUACGGAUUGGAUGAACGCUCUUUCCAAGGAAUUGCCUUGUGGAUCACGCUUGAUUAUUGGACUAAAUCCUCCAUUGAGAAAGAGUGCCUCUCUUUUAAACCUUUUUAUAGACCAAGCGCUUCUGAUUAAGCCGAAGCUUAUCAUUCAAUUUGUUUCCCCAGGGACUAAAAGGUUAGAUGACGAAGAUUUAAGAACUCCAUAUGAUCUGGUUUGGGAGGAUGCAAAAUUGCUAGCUGAGAAGUCUGUUUAUCUCCCUGGAUCAGUUGAAGUGAAUGAGAAGCAAAUGGAUCAAUGGAAUGACAAUCCGCCAGCAUUAUAUCUUUGGAGUCGUCCAGAUUGGACUGGCAAGCAUAUAACCGUUGCUCAGCAGCAUGGCCAUGUAUCCAAACUACAAGAAGCUCAUGAAAAGAAAGCCUUGGUGGAUAACCAUGACUUAAAUAAUCCACUUCUCAUGAGAAGCCCGAAAGAAAGCUCGCAAUGUGAUAAUGAUAAAUCUCUAUCUUGUGAGACCCCAUUUUUGGAUAUUCAGUUUCCGCAUACAGAGAAGAAAUCCCCGUCUUCUCAUCAAUCUCAAGUUCAUGAAACUCGAAACUCGGAUAUGUCAACGGGACAUGAUUCGAAGCUUCCAUCCCCUGUCCCUUAUCACUCUCGAGAUCCGGAGACUCCAGACUCGGGUGUUGACCUUAUGAAGAACCAGGCGCCGUGUAGAUCCUGUUCUCAUCACAACAUUGCCAACAGGGGUCAUUAUAUAGGUGCACUAUACAUGUGGCCGAAUGUUGUCAGAAUUCCUUGUUAUGAAAGGGAAAUCGUAGAGUGUCAUGGUUAUGGUAGGGAGGCUUAUGUUGGGGAGGGAUCGAACCACAGACUAGAUUCUUCUAUGCGUCAAAGGUUUGUGAAUGGCAGGGGUCAUUGUGAGGCAGGGCAUUCAGCUUAUUAUACGCUUGCAGAUCAAUCAUCAUGUAACAGGUCUAGCACAUCUGUGAUACAACGAUAUGCACCUAGACUGGAUGAUUUAAACCACUUGUGGAUGCUUCAUGUACAUGGGCCACAUAUGGACGCUUCUGGUUAUGGCCCUGGCCCACACCAGCCCUUUUCACACCAAAAGUCGUCGUAGACCUGAUGAGCGAAUGUGUCAAUGAAGUCAUCUGUAAAUAUUACUAUUUGAGGAAUUGUUGAUAGUAGAGAGUGCUUAGUUGUCAUUGGUGAAGCUUUUGAGUCCAUCUUUUUGGAAUUAGAUGUUUACCCAGAUGGCUAGGAGGCUGAAGUUUUGAAGCCUCGUUUUUGUGUUUUGAUAUCAACCUGAUCAUAAUUUUUGAAAUGGUCCAUACGCAGCGGAUGUAAAUUUUGUGAUAUUAAUUUCGAUCAAAGGUGAAAUA